UGUCGUCCUUCAGGAACACGUGGCUCGUUGGUCUAGGGGUAUGAUUCUCGCUUCGGGUGCGAGAGGUCCCGGGUUCAAAUCCCGGACGAGCCCUUAUUUUGGUAAAGUGGUGAAUGCCGCUACUCCGUGAUUAACUGUGGGUAACUUCAAAUGCGAAGCUGCAGCUUUUUGACAUUUGGCGGUGGCGUUAGCUUAAAACAUCGACUGCAUUAUAAUAUGAUCCUGCAGCAGUCGCAGUUUCCUCCGGCGAUGUUGCUGUGUGAUUAGAUUAAGAGACUGGAUUUUGUUGUUAUAAAAGUACUGGGCUUAAUUUAACGUAACUGUUAGCUAGUAGGUAACGUUAGCUUACGUUAGCUGUGACAGCCGUUGAACGGGUGUGCUGUCCUCACAGAGGCAGAGUGUUAUAGUUGUUGUUUUUUUAACGGAGUAGAGACUAGGAACUAGCUAUACAGUCUAUGGGAAAUACGUAUGUGUGUAUGCAUAUAUUUACACAAGAAACAACACUAUAAAAAUAACAAAUAUCUGUUGCCUAUUAAAAACCGACACUCUUCCAUUGAGAGUGUGGCUCGUUGGUCUAGGGGUAUGAUUCUCGCUUUGGGUGCGAGAGGUCCCGGGUUCAAAUCCCGGACGAGCCCAUCUUUUUCUAAAUAAUUGUAUUUAACCGUGUUCAAGUUCAUUUUAAUACAUGCAACGUUAUAACGACGUGGUUUACAUGUAUAACUAGGUAUCUAGUAUCUACCUAGCUACUGUUUGUCUGUAGCCCUCCCACCCCUCGACUUCCCGCAUCCGUAUCUCCACCUGCCCACACUGAACAAAGAGCGUCUCCACCGCCCUGCUUCCCCAGCUGUUGUGUUGUGAGCGUUUGGGCCGUGAGAAGAGAGAGGGACGUUUCUGUCCCGCCCCCACAAAUACACCAGACACUCCUAACAGGCGGCAGACGAGCCGGUUCUUCAUUCACUGCAGUGAGGCUGUGCUCUACACUCUAAAGGGACAAUACUCCUUAAAAGGACUGAAGGAGCACUUCAGUCUUUUCUGGGAAGACUAUUAUUGCAUGGGCUUCACGUAUACUAGAAGUAACCUGGGAACGUGCAGCAAUCAUCUACUUCAACCAGCCCUUGUCAUCAGUGUCAGAUAGUGGAGUGGCUUUCACUGGGACUACCUGUGACCCCUACUCAGCUCGACCAUGGUUCUGUGUGAUGACGGUGAGUGCAGCGUCUGCCUCUUUCCCUACUCGCGGACAGACAGGAUCCCCCGGGUGCUCCACUGCAGACACACCUUCUGCGACCUGUGCCUGGAGACCAUGUCCCAGGCCAGGAACGGGCUGCUUACCGUGGGCUGCCCUUUGUGUCGCCGGGUGACUUGCAUAGGACGCGGCCUCAGCCUGCAGGAAGCUCUGUGGGUCAACAGCCGGCUGUGGGACCAGAUACCGGAGGACGUGGACGCAGAGGAGGACGAGGUGGAGGAAGAUGGACUGAAAGAAAUAACUGAGGAGGAGGGGACGGAGACUAAACAACAAUCUUCGUUGCAAGCAGACUGUGCUUCCUCCAGGUCUGCCAGAACAAAGCUCAAACUGCCCGCGUUCUUCAGAAAGUUCAGCCUGACAAAGACACACCAGGAGAGGAUCGUGCCUGGCAGUAAUGUGGAAAUGAAAUCCUGGCGCCGGCUUCCGACUGAAGAGACGAUAUAAAAGAGCUGGAUCCAUGAUGAUGUGACAGUUCCUCUCAGGAUAUUAUUUGCGGAUAGUAGAAGAAUCGACUCAACCUUGUCAAGAGGAGAGAAAGUUGAGGCCGUUAGGGCCGAGAAUCCAUUUGUGUUCCUGUCAAGACAUUGUUUUGUCCUCAGCCAAAGGUGCCCUGUCUCCCCAUUAUUUAUUCUAGGCUUAAUUCUCCCAGCUGGUGCUGUGGGAUUUGGUUCAGCUGUCCCAGUGGGACUCACACCCCGAGACCCCCUCGUAACAGAUGGUCUCCUGAGGACGUUUCCUUUUGAAAUAGCCACUGCUGAACACUGAAUAUAACUUAUUGUUUUGUUUUUUAUUUAUAAAGGCUAGUUGACAAAGUAUUUAAUAAAGCUAUUUUU